AUGGUUUGCGUAGCGUUGCCAAACAAACAGAAAUUUCCUCUAUUGUUAGCGCAUACUAUGGCCACGAGGGUUACGAACACUACCACCACCACAAUGAAUACCCUUAUGAGCACCAGUACCCUUAUCACCACCACUACCCUCACCACCACCAUCACGGUUACCAUGGAGGGCACGAACACCAUCAUCAGCACUACCCGGGUCUCCCCCACCAUCACCUCCACCCUCAUCGGGUGCGCAGUUUUGGCGCGGAAGUCGAGAGAUAAAAACAUCAUGUUGAAGAAGACAUUAACAAUCGGCUUAUUAUUAUGCGCAUUCGUGGCUAUUGUUAGCGCAUACUAUGGCCACGAGGGUUACGAACACCACCACCACCACGAUGAGCACCCCGGUUAUUAUCACGAACACCACUACCCUCACCAUCACCACCACCACCAUGGUCACCAUCACGGCUACCACGGAGAGCACGAACACCACCCCCACCACUACCCUGAUAUCCCGCACCACUACCUCCACCCCCACCAUAGAGUGAGCGGUUUUGGCGCGCAGGUCGAUGCGGCGGCCGAUUGUCAGAAUGACCCGACCAAGGACAGUCAUUGUCAUACUAGACAGAUUACGGACAGUAUUCCGAUGUGGCCAUCUGCCCAAGGACCCGGUGCCAGCGGACACUACUAUAACCAGAACUGGGAUGGGUUGGGCAAAUCGCGACUAUAUCAACAACCACAACAGCGGCCACAGCAAUCACUACCAUGGGGCAAUCAGAACAGACCUAACUACCCGACCUAUUACGGUCAAAAUGUUUACCCCAAUAAUAUACGGGGUCAACGACCACGAUAUAUCCAACCACCGCAGCAACUCAUUUACCAUAAUCAUAUUCAAAAUCAUCGUCGUAGGCGAAAGUCACGGCACCGGUCGGCGAACGCAGAAUUCUGGGGCGUUUAUAAGGGUAAACCCGACCCACAGCAAGCCUACAGUAACCAACAACCACUACAGCGGCGCCCAUACACUGGUAGGAUGACCAACGGUGCGGGCGGACGGCGUGCAGCGCUCAAUUACGCUCAAAUUACACCCGAUUUUGGACCUAGCCAGGAAGAACUAAAUCGUAUAUGGUUCGAAAAACAGAAAGAUAAAAAACGGGCCACGCAGCGGCUAAAAGAGCACAAUGAAAAACUCCGACAAAUGGCCAUGGUGGCCGAGGAGGAGCGGCAACGCCAGCACCGGGCGGCGCAGGUGGCCGAAGAGGAGCGGCAACGCAAGGCUCAGGCGGCGCAGGCGGGCCAGGAGGGGGCGGCGGCGGCCAAAGACAACGGUCCCAGCGCUCCGCCGGCCGCCGGCCAGGAGGAGCAGCCAACGGGUCCGCACGAGUCGGCACAGGUGGGCGACGAGGAGGCGUCCAAAGGGGGUGCGAAUCGGCCGCCGGAUGCCGGAGCCGAAGAGGUGGAGCGCGAGAGACAGGCGGCUCAGGUGGCGGCCGAAGAGGAGGCGGAAAAAGAGAAAAAGGCGGCCGAAGUGGCCGAUGAAGAGAAACGCAAGGCUGAGGCGGCGGCACAGGCGGGACAGGAGGCGGCCGGUGACGGACACAACGCCCCACCGGAGGCGGGCUCUGAGGAGGCGCGCAAAGCGGCGGCGGCUAAGGCGGCCGAAGAGGAGGCGGAACUGGUUCCGAUGGGACAGAUGGCAGCGCUAGCGACGACGCACACAACAAAGACAAAAGUGGGUUUCAUUGGAAUGUUAAGGCGCAUAGUAACUCGUCGUUUGAUUUACAUUGGUCAGUUAACGGCCCAUGGACAAAAGAUGGCAAUGGGACAGGUGAUGACCCCGAUGGUGGUGGUGGUACAGGGCAAGACUUGUGGAAAGGCAAAUAUUUUCCUGGUAAUGGGACAGAUGGUGACCCUUCAAACCCUGCCACUGUUGGUGAUGAGCAAGAUAAUCCUGCAAAUCCUGCGGGUGUUGGUGAUGGAACCGAUGGCAACCCUACAAAACCCGCGGGUGCUGGGGAUGAACAACAUGACCCGAACAAUCCAGCGGGUGUUGGUGAUGGGGCAGAUGGCGACCCUACAAAACCUGCGGGUACUGGGGAUGAAACACAUGAUCCGAAUAAUCCUGCGGGUGUUGGUGAUGGGGCAGAUGGCGACCCUACAAAACCUGCGGGCACUGGGGAUAAAACACAUGAUCCGAAUAAUCCCGCGGGAGUUGGUGACGGAACAGAUGGUGGACAGGCUAGACCCGGGCGCCCACUCGGGAAGUACUGAUGGCCACUCUAGUAGUGAAUCGCAUAGCGUACACGAUAGUCAUAGCACAUGGGAUGGCAAAACACAUCGCAACUCGUCAUUUGACCUAAACUGGGCCACUGGUGACCCACACGGCACCGGAGCUGGCAAAGAGGCAGACGGAACAGAUGGUGAUCCUAAUGGCACUGAAGGUGGAAAACCUAGUGGCGAUGAUCCAGAUGGACAGGGAGGAGAUAAAGAUGGACAAAACUCGUGGAAAGGCAAACAAUUCCCUGGUAAUGGAACCAAUGGCGACCCUUCGCAACCUGCGAGUGUUGGCGAUGAGAUUAAUGAACCUAAAAAUCCUGCCGGUGUUGGCGACGGGACAGAUGGUGACCCUACAAAACCAGCGGGUGUUGGCGAUGGGACAGAUGAUCCAACAAAUCCUGUGGGGGUUGGCGAUGGAAAAGAUGGCGACCCUACCGGUGAUGGUAGUGGUAAAUCAUCAACAGAUGAUCCCAAUGGAGUGGGAGGUGGAGAGGGUGCCGAUACCAAUAAGUCUAAUGGUGUUGAUGGGACAGAUGGCAACUCUAGCUCCGAGUCCCAUGACAUACACGAUAGUGAUAGUAAAUAUGAUGGUAAAACACAUCGCAACUCAUCGUAUGACCUAAAUUGGGGAACUGGGGACCGAGGUGGAAAUAAUGGCAAUGGCACAAAUGGCAAUCCUAGUGGGACUGGAGAUGGUGAAGUGAUAGUAAAUAUGAUGGUAAAACACAUCGCAACUCAUCGUGGAAAUAAUGGCAAUGGCACAAAUGGCAAUCCUAGUGGGACUGGAGAUGGUGAUGAUCCGGACGGACAGGGUGGUGGCAAGGGACAGGACUCCUGGAAAGGGAAGUAUAAACCCGGACCAGGUGGUAAUGAUGGUGGUAACGGGACAGAUGGCGAACCUAACAGUGAUGGUCAGGAUAACGGCAAAAGUGUGGAUGGUGCAAAUUCACCAGGUGCUGAAAAUGGCAACGAUAGGGACCCGUCAAAACCUGCUGGUGUUGGCGAUGAAACAAACAACCCUCAAAACCCGGCGGGUGUUGGCGAUGGAACAGAUGGUGAUUCUACCGGCGAUGGUAGUGGUAAGCCAUCAACAGGUGAUCCCAAUGGUUAUCACUGUAAACCCGGUCAGAGUUUAUACGACUGCGAGAAUGAGGCGGAGGACGAGCGCCGGCGACGACAGCACCAGACCGAUAGUGCGAACGGUACGGAUGGCAAAGGGCAGGACUCUUGGAAAGGCAAAUAUAAACCGGGCGGCGGUGCCAAUGGGACAGAUGGCAACUCUAGUAGUGAGUCGCACGACAUACACGAUAGCCACAGCCAAUGGGAUAACAAAUGGCAUCACAACUCAUCGUUUGAUAUAAACUGGUCAACUGAUGGGCAUAAACCUAAAAGUGAUAAUAAUGAUGAUACAGAUGGCAACCCUAGCGGUGAUGAUAGUGGUAUUGGUACAGAUGGUGAGCCUAAUGAGAUGACCCCGAUGGACAGGGAGGUGGGCAGAAAAAACUAG